AUGGAUCCAUCUCAGGUGGACGUUCCUCCUCUCAAGGACUUGACCAUAGACAAUAUCACCGACAACACCAAGCUCAUAAACGGACAAUGUCCCGAUCCGCGGCUUAGAUACAUCCUGGAGCGACUCGUCCAGCACCUUCAUGACUUUGCGCGGGAAACAAGACUCAGUCAAGACGAAUGGAUGACCGGCAUUCAAUUCCUCACCAGCGUAGGACAGAUAUGUACAGAUGUUCGACAAGAAUUCAUACUCCUCUCAGACAUCCUCGGCCUCUCCCUCCUCGUCGACAGCAUCGACCACCCCAAACCCCCUCAAAGCACCGAAGGCACGGUCCUCGGCCCCUUCCACUCACACGAAGCCCAGAUCGAACCCAACGGCUCCCAAAUCUCCCACGACCCCGACGGCGAGCCUUGUCUCGUCCUCUGCACGAUCAAGAAUACAGACGGCGAACCGUUAGAAGACGUCAAGAUCGAUAUCUGGGAAACGGAUAGUAAGGGGUUCUACGAUGUGCAGUAUCCUGGGAGAGAAGGACCGGAUCAACGCGCGGUUAUGCAUAGCGACAAAGAGGGAGUGUUCUGGUUCAAGGCCAUCGUGCCGGUGCCGUACCCGAUUCCGCACGAUGGGCCGGUGGGGAAAUUGUUGAAGUUGCUGAAGAGGCAUUGUUAUCGGCCGAGCCAUAUGCAUUUUAUGUUUGAUAAGAAGGGCUAUGAUCAUCUCAUAACCGCGCUAUAUCUCCGCGGUGACCCUUACGAGACUUCGGACGCUGUCUUUGGCGUCAAGGAGUCCUUGCUGAUCGAUCUGGGGACGGUGUCGGCGGAGCAGGCUUCGCAGUAUGGUGUCAAGGAGGGCAGCAAGCUUAUUACCUACGAUUUUGUGCUUGUGACGGAGGAGGAAUCGAAGAAGCUGCGGGAGAAGGAAGCUAUGAAGGCUAUGGAGAAGCUCGGCCGGCGAAUGAAGCUGUACAAUGGGCUGCCGGUACCUGAUGUCGACUAG